GCUUCGAAGUUUGACAUGAUCUCAUGAUGUGGGAAAAGUUGAACAUAAAUAAAAUAAUACUGAAAAGUGAAAAUAUCAAUUUUUGUAUUGAAAUUGUCAAAAUUUUCUUUACCAUCCCAUCGGUACCUAUUAAAAAUGACACUGAUUCGCCAACUUAUCCGUAUUCCUCACUUACAAUCAACCUCCAAGACCACAAUUAGCCGGUCUUUGUUGUCAUCAAAUCCUACAAAAUCCUUCUGUAUUCAUCAUAAAAAUGUCAGGAGGACGUUAUCAUCAUCCCCAAUAUCCGGCAGUACAUCUAGUCACCAAAGAUAUCAACAUUCUCAAACGAUAGCCACCCCUCUCGACUCAAACCCUAUAGAUUUCAGUGGAUCUUUGGGUUUUAAUGAUGGACGUGGUGGCGGAAAUAGUGGUCACACUGCGGAGGAAGAAGCUGCCUCCGAGGAAGAGGAACGAUUUAAAGGGGAUCUGCUAGAAUUAGCGCUUACCCACGUUUCUACUUGUGGGUGGAGUACGGAAGCGAUUUCAAAAGCUGCUGAACAAGCCGGCUUAUCCUCCGCGGCAGGAUCUCUAUUUACUGAUGCGGACCUCGUCCAUUACUUCAUUUCUAAAAGUAAUCGUCAACUCGAGGAGUAUGUGUCGUCCAAGAAGGGCGAUGAUGCCACGGCACCUCUAACUCUGCAGCACGCCUUGGAAUGCAGACUGCGAAAAGUUGUCCCAUUUGCGCCCACGUAUUCGGAAGCAAUCGCCAUCAUUUCUCAUCCACAACAUCUCCCAAAGUCGGUCAAACUCCUUAUGGAAAUUUCAGAUAGUAUUGCGCACCACGUCCUUAAGGAUUCUUCGGCGGAUCUCAACUGGUACUCGAAGCGGAUGGGAAUCGCUGCAAUCUUUGUCUCUACCGAGCUCACCCUGGUUCAAGACGGGUCGGAGGGUUAUUUGGAAACGUGGAAGUUUUUAGAGAGGAGGUGCCAAGAGUUUGACAAGUAUGGGAAAGGUCAACUAAAUCCGAUGGGAGUCCCACUUCCGGAAUUGUUACACGUUGGAGUCACUACGUUUAUGAAUUUGAUUGGACGAAAUGCUAAGAGAUGAUGAUGAGUAUUAUACAAAAAAUACGUAAAUAUUUAGUAUAUAGGAGGUAUGCAUGACGGAUUCGUACCAUCAAUUAAUUAUUUUAUUGGACAUGUUCUUCAAGACAAUAAAAUCAUUUUCCUAGUAUUA